AUGUCCGAACCAUUUCCUGUCGACCAUGGCAUGACUUCUUUUUGGCGCUCAGAACCCCAUCCGUUCGAUAAUCACCGUUCGACCGACGCUCUGCCCGACGAAAGCGACGUCGUGAUCAUUGGUGCUGGGUUCGCGGGUGCAGCCACGGCGUAUCACUGCCUCCAGCAGAGCAAGGCCCUGUCCCGGGAUAUUUCCGUCGUGGUUUUGGAAGCCCGGCAGGCAUGUUCUGGAGCUACGGGUCGUAAUGGCGGCCAUCUGAAGCCUGACCCGUACUACCAGAUUGGCAUUCUAGCCGCCGAAUACGGAGUCGACGCGGCUGAGGAAGUGGCUGACUUUGAGAUGAAACAUCUGCUGGAGCUCCAGUCGUUCAUCGAGCGGGAGAAUAUCGAAUGUGACCUCGAUGUGGAUCGAGUCUUCGACGUGCAGUUCGACGACGAACAUUGCGCCAAAACCAAGGCCGGAUACGACUUGCUCUGGUCGCAAGGGGCGACAAGGGUGAAGGAAGUGGAAUUCAGCCCGCCAGAAUCUGCAGAAGCCGUUUCGGGAGUGAAAGGAGCUCGAGGAUGCUUUAGUUAUCGCACCGGGCGAGUCUGGCCCUAUAAACUCGUGAUGCACCUCUUGAAAAGCGCCGUUCUCGGUGGAGCCAAUCUUCAAACAAAUACCCCCGUGCACCGGGUUUCGGAAUCCCCCGAUGUGGAUGGAAAGUGGACGGUUGAAACCAGUCGGGGAUCCAUCCGAGCCAAGAAGGUGAUUUUCGCCAGCAACGCCUAUACCGCCGCCCUGGCCCCCGAGUACAAGGACCAUAUCAUCCCGGUGCGAGGGGUCUGUAGCCGAAUUGUCGUGCCCAAUCCGCCCGAAAACGCGAAGAAGUGUUCGUACACCUUUCGGUCCAACGCCUGGGAUUAUGACUACAUGAUCCACCGGCCGGAUGGCAGCAUUGUGGUGGGAGGAGCCAAAUCAACCUUCUACCACAAUCGCACGGACUGGUACAAUAACACGGACGACAGUAAGGUGAUGGAAUCGGCUGUGCGAUACCUUGACAAUUAUAUGCAGCGGCGGUUUCAUGGAUGGGAGGACUCGGGGGCGUAUACCGACCGUGUUUGGACCGGAAUUAUGGGAGAUACGACCGACACGCUGCCACACCUCGGCCCUGUUCCCCACAAGCCCGGACAGCUCAUCAUCGCCGGGUUCAAUGGCCAUGGGAUGCCGCAGAUUUUCCUCUCGGCGCAAGGGAUUGCGAAGAUGACGGUGGACGCAGCGUCGUACGAGGAGACCGGACUACCGCGGCUGUUCAAGACGACGCCGGAGCGAUUGGCGAGGACGGAGAAUAACGUGCUGGAGGCCGGGAAGGGCUGA